ACGAACUUUUAAUCAAACCACUGGACUAAAUAACUCGUUUGGAAACACAGUUAAUGUUAUACUUAUGAAUUAUUUUAUUUUUUAAUUACCUCGAUUAUUAAAUAUAAAAAAACUGUCUAAAUAAUGAUUAAAUACUUUUUUAUUAUUGUAUAACGAGAUAUAUAGAGUUGUGUAUCUAUCCUCUCUUUUUGUUAUUAUCACUCACAAAAUUCAACUUAAAAAAAAAGAAGUAAACCCUAGAUAAUAUAUAAAGCCUCAAUCGUUUUCUUCAUAAAGUUCGCGCUUCAUGUACGAGUUCAUACCCUGAUUCGAUUCUCUUGCGAAUUCACCAUGUCUACGUCGACUUCACCGUCUACUACCUCACUGUAUCUGAAGCAGAGGAUGCACAAGCUAAAGAUAUAUGGAGUUUCAGACCUUAUGCAGCACAUCGACACGUUCAAAGAAACAAUGGGUGAUUCAGUGACGGUGAAAAUUGAUGACUUUAAUAAUUUAUCAAUCUUGUUGUGUUCUCUUCCCCCUCUGUUGACAGCACUUACGUGUAACAUGGAGAAGGUUGAUGCUUCCUUGCGCUUUCCUCAUGAGCGUUGGCCUGAAGUAAUCUCCAUGAAACCUAGAGCUUUCCUUUACCACAAUUUCUUGAAAAAUGAGGAAUGUGAGCACUUGAUUAGCCUCGCCAAACCUUAUAUGAGGAGGUCAUUGGUGAGUGGUUACGGAGGGGGAAAACAAAGCAGCGCGAGAACGAGCACGGGAAGUUUUAUUAGUAGAGGACAUGAUAAAAUUGUGGAAGAGAUUGAGAGGAGGAUUUCAGAAUUCACCUUCCUUCCUGUAGAAAAUGGAGAAGGUCUUCAAGUUAUCCAUUACGAAGUUGGUCAGAAAUUUGACCCUCACUUUGAUGGAUUGGGAAGAAUUGCUACUUUCCUUAUGUACCUGUCGGACGUUAAUAAAGGAGGCGAAACAGACUUCCCUAACUCCAGUGGAGGACUAUCUGUUUCACCAAAGAAGGGAGACGCUGUACUCUUCUGGAACAAUAGGCCUGACGGUUCUCAAGACCCUUCGAGUUUUCAUUCUGGUCGUCCAGUAAUCAAAGGAAACAAGUGGGCAGCAACUAAAUGGUUUCAUUCUCACGAAUAUAAAGGCUCCUACACUAAUACACAACAAUACAAAUAGCUUUUUGAGAGGUUUUCAUGAUCUCGAACAUGAGAUGUCACUGGAGUUAACCUCUUUCUCAGUUGAAAAGGAAAUAAGAAUUCCGUUGUUUUGUGCUUAUCUAAGAAAAUAUAUUGUUUUUUUUUUCAGUUUUGACGCUAUGAUAACAUGAUUUAUAAUUCUAUAUUUCAAUCAAUGCGUCUUACCCAUCAUUUGGGGUCGUAAAACAAAA